CCCGAAAGUUCCUCUGGAGUGCCUCCUGCAGCCAACUUUCUUCUAGGAGUCCUACCAGCUCCCCGGUGACCUCCCGAGAGUUGUAGCCCCUCCUCCCCGGUGCCCCCGCAAGGAACCGGGGUCCCAGGCUUGCAGAGCGGGUUGUCCGCGGGGCUACGAGAAACAUCUGGCUUUUGCCCCUUCCCGGUGAUUCCUUCGCUCCGGUAGCGGGGCCGGCAGCUUUGGGAGCGGCUGAGCCCGGAGCGUCAGCCAGCAGCUCCCGGGCCCAGUCUCGCUCGUGCUUUCCUCCUGGCCAAAACUUUCUGAAGCCGCUGGACGCUCAGGGCUUAUUUCUUCCAAAGUGUGCGGGACGUGUCAGACAGGAAGGGAUCCUGCUGCGCCUGGUAUCUGCUGGAGGAGGAGGGGCAGUAGCCUCUCUCCCCGUUCCCAUUCCCAGGUGGCUGUUUUCCUGUGUUUCAUGUUUCACUUGUGUCUCCCCUGCAAGAUUUCUGUCAUCUUCUACAACUGGGCAAGUCUUUGGAAGUCUUCUCCAGGGAAUUUCCAGCAGUUCGGACUGAUGAUCCAGAAAUCUCUUGAGGUGAACUGUGUGACAGAAUAAAGCAGGCAAAUACAAUCCAGAAACAGAUUGGCUCCUCUUAUAAGAGAAAACAAUUACAGGUUUCUGCAAGUGACAAAUGUGAAGAUACGUCUCUUCUGAUGUGACACUUGAGUCUUAGCGAUGACACUCCGAGUUUUCACCGAAAAUUAAAUAUGACUUAGGAACAUCGAACCUUGGGAAGGUUUAUGAUGUCAUCGGUUGCCAGGGGCAGCAAAAUCCAGCAGGCUGUCAGCCUGCAGGGAGUUGACCCAGAAACAUGCAUGAUAGUAUUUAAAAAUCACUGGGCACAGGUUGUGAAAAUCUUGGAGAAACAUGACCCUUUGAAAAAUGCCCAGGCAAAAUACGGAUCUAUCCCUCCAGAUGAGGCCAGUGCCGUCCAGAAUUAUGUGGAACAUAUGCUUUUCCUGCUGAUUGAAGAGCAGGCUAAGGAUGCUGCUAUGGGACCCAUUCUGGAGUUUGUGGUCUCAGAGAACAUCAUGGAGAAGCUAUUCCUUUGGAGCUUGAGGCGAGAAUUCACUGAUGAAACUAAGAUCGAACAGCUGAAGAUGUAUGAGAUGUUGGUGACCCAGUCCCACCAGCCUCUGUUGCACCACAAGCCCAUCUUGAAACCUCUAAUGAUGUUGUUGAGCUCUUGUUCUGGGACAGCCACACCAGCUGUGGAGGGAGAGCUGGUUGUCUUGCUCAAUCAGCUCUGCUGCAUCCUAGCCAAAGACCCAUCCAUUUUGGAACUCUUUUUCCAUACUAGUGAGGAUCAAGGAGCUGCCAACUUCCUCAUUUUCUCCCUUCUAAUUCCCUUCAUUCAUCGUGAGGGGACAGUGGGACAGCAGGCACGAGACGCUCUCCUUUUCAUCAUGGCCCUCUCAGCUGAGAACAGCAUGGUGGCCAACCACAUUGUGGAGAACACCUACUUUUGUCCAGUGCUAGCAACGGGAUUAAGUGGCCUCUACUCAUCUUUGCCUACGAAACUUGAGGAGAAGGGUGAUGAGUGGCACUGCCUUCUGAAGGAUGACUGGUCACUUUUGCCUUCUCUAGUCCAGUUCAUGAAUUCCCUGGAGUUUUGCAAUGCAGUCAUACAGGUUGCCCAUCCCCUGAUUCGUAACCAGCUUGUCAACUACAUUUACAAUGGGUUCUUAGUCCCAGUGUUGGCGCCUGCUCUCCACAAGGUAACCGUGGAGGAGGUGAUGACCACGACGGCGUACCUGGAUCUCUUCCUGCGCAGUGUCUCGGAGCCAGCCCUCCUUGAGAUCUUCCUUCGUUUUAUCCUCCUGCACCAACAUGAAAACGUCCACAUCCUAGACACGCUGACGAGUCGGAUCAACACCCCAUUUAGGCUGUGUGUGGUGUCUCUGGCGCUCUUCCGGACCCUUAUUGGCUUACAUUGUGAAGAUGUAAUGCUGCAGCUGGUUCUCAGGUACCUAAUCCCGUGCAACCAUAUGAUGAUGAGUCAAAGGUGGGCUGUGAAAGAAAGAGAUUGCUAUUCUGUUUCUGCUGCUAAGCUCCUUGCUCUGACCCCCGUGUGCUGCUCCAGUGGGAUCACCCUGACUCUUGGGAACCAGGAAAGGGACCACAUCCUUUGGUCCAAGUUCAUGCACAAUGAUUCAGGCCCUGGAGAGCAGCGUCCUCCUGGGGAAAUGUCUCCGUCAGCCUGCAUUGUGGAGUAUGGGAAAGCCUUGGACAUUAGCUACCUUCAGUACCUUUGGGAGGCCCACAAUAACAUCAGCCACUGCAUGAAGGACUGCCAAGUUUGGUCUGCUCUUUAUGAUGGAGAAUCCCCUGAUCCUGAUACCUUUCUCUCCAGUCUGAAGGAGGAGAACAAUAAAAAUGUGUCCUACCCAGUGCUGAGGACGCACCAGCAGUUACCCGGCCAUCCCUGUUCUCAGCUCACGCACAAGAAGGAGAAGAGCCAGACAGACCUGGAAUGGGAUGACAGCUAUGAUACGGGAAUGUCUGCUCAGUCAGGAGGUAGCCCCUCUCAGCCCUGUGAGGAUUUGGAGACCCCAGCUCCUCCGGUCCCCAUAGAUCCCCCCAAGCACAUCCAGGAGAUGAAGAAGAAUGCCAUCAUGAUGUUCAAAGGCUCUUACAUAGAGGAAUCUGACUUUCAGGAUGAUGUCAUGGUUUACAGGCUCUGUGCUGAGAAAGAUGCCCAGGACAGCCACAAUGAGCCUCUGAAGUCCUCGAGGUCCCCCCUGAACAAUGGGCCCCUUGAUUGUUCCCAGCCACAAACAGAUUCUGAGGAAGAACCAGAUAGGAUCAAUGCAAGCUUGAGUCAUGAAGAGCCUGAGGAAUCCUACCAGAGCCCUUCCAGGGCGGCCUCACCAUCUGUGUCUGAGUCGGCCCAAGCUGCACCUCUGGAGGCAGACCACAAUUCUGGGGUGAUGGCGGCCAGCCCAGAUGGUGAAGACUUCCUUACCCAGUAUGAGAAAAUCAUAAAAGAACUGGACUCGGGCUCUGAGGGUUUGAUGGAAGACAGUUUCCCAACACCUGCUCCCUCACCUCCUGUGCCAGAGGAGGAAGGGGAGAAGAAGGGAGAAGCAAAGGAAGAAGAGGAAACAAGUGAGGCAGAGGAAAGAAAGGAAGAAGAGGAAGAGGAAGAUGACUUUGAGCAUUUUGUGGCUGAGGCUCCUUCAGCAGAAAGCUUACCUUCCCCAUUUGGGAUGAAAGAUCAGACUGCCUUUCCUAGUCGUCAUGCGAGGACUCAAGGGGCCCCCUUUACAGGACCAUUCAUCAGUGUGGUGCUGUCGAAGUUGGAGAACAUGCUGGAGAACUCCUUGCAUGUUAAUUUGCUGCUUAUCGGGAUCAUUACUCAGCUGGCCAGCUACCCCCAGCCCCUCCUCCGAUCUUUCUUGCUUAACACCAACAUGGUCUUUCAGCCCAGUGUUCGAUCCUUGUAUCAGGUUCUUGCAUCUGUGAAAAACAAAAUCGAGCAGUUUGCCUCCAUAGAGAGAGAUUUCCCAGGCCUUCUCAUACAAGCCCAGCAAUACCUGCUUUUCCGAGUGGACAUGUCCGCUAUGACCAAUGAGGAAAUAACCAAAGAUCACAGUCAGGACUCCUACUCAACAUCGGCUGGAAGGAACAUUUUGGACAGUCCUUCGAGGAUGCUUCAGCCUUUCCUACCCAACAGAGGGAAGAGGACAGGGACCCUUCCUAGCAUCCCUCUGCCUGUGAGGAACACCAUGCUGGCUGCUGCCCUUUUCCCAGAGUUUCUGAAGGAACUGGCGGCCUUGGCCCAGGAGCAUUCAAUUCUAUGCUACAAGAUCCUGGGUGAUUUUGAGGAAUCUUAUUGUUAGCCCUUAAAAAAAAAAAAGCAAACAAAAAACCAAGUUUGUGCAGUUUUAAAAAAGGGUUUUAGUGUUUUGACCGAUUUUUAAAUACAAAGCUGCUUAUAAAAAUUUCUACUUUGAUAUUUCCUGACAAUACUUGAUCUGGGAAGGGAAUAAUCUCUUUAUAUAUUCUCUCUCACCACUGGGCCCUUAUGAUCUUAUGCUGUGUAGAAAGUCUCAUAAGGUGAUAGUUUGCAAGAGGGCUUCUCAUUUUGCUCAACUUCUCCCCCAAUUUUUUGUUGGUCAUCCCUUUCUCUCCCCUCCCUUGGGCCUUUCAGCUGAGUAUGCAUCUGGUCUCCAAUUGGACAGACAUUUGUUUGGGGCUACCCUGGGAGUCCCAGGCAUGCUCCACUCCUUUGGAAUCUCUCAUCACCAGGCACACCUUAACUUCUCCGGUGCCUUAAUGAGGGGAAACAAUUCCCAAUUGAACAUGCCUGAGACUUAGCAGACUGCUCCUCUGGCCUUCAGUUCAAGUCACCAGGUUCCUUAGAAGGAAGAAUGGAAAGAAAUGGAACCCUUGGGUCUUCCUUGCAUCCACUGAAAUCAAGCAUCUCCCUGCAAAACAAGUGUGCUGUUCAGUUUAUCUUGCCUUAGGGUGCGGGAAGCCUCCAGCUCACAGCUGGCCUCCAGGAAAGUCAGAUGGAGUGCUGAGCCUGGCAAGAAGUAGGAAUGCAUGGAAUUUCCCCAUUGUGUUUGUGAGCAAGACUUACUUUCAUCAGCCUUCCCUUGCUCCCUGAAUGCAGAAGUGAGCCUAAUCUGGUGAGAUUUGCACAUAAUAAAAUGUUCCUAUGCAAGUGGCAACCUUGUUUUUUAGGAGACUGAUUUAUUUCUGUCUUCACCAACUAAAGAAAGGCCAGCAUCGUUUACUCAUGUCUGAAGGACAAUUAGAAUUAUUUUUCAAGUGCUCCCAAAAAGGAAACCUAUAGACUCUGAGACAAUUUCAUUGCAUUUGUGGAAUAGGGCUUUUAGCACUUGUGUAAACUAAGUACUAUGUGUAGAAACACUGGUGAUUUUAUACAGUUGUGUACUUUUUCUGAUAUGUUGUUGCACUCUGUAGAGGGGUGCUGUGUGCUGUUCUCUCCCCUCCACCCCGGGAGCCAGGUGAGUAGAUGCACACAGGUUCCUAGGAUCUGUGCUGAGCCAAGUAGUUGCUACUGCCUCACUCCAUGAGGAAAUUCUGCUUCCUGAGUAAUGGGGUUUAUUAGGAGGGCCUAAGAUGGGAUGUAUGAGCGCAUCACUGUAGCCACCUCACUAUCCUCCCAGUUCUACAGAUAUGCCUUAAACCACCCCGGAAGGGAGAAACUGAAAAAUAAUUGUGAUCAAAACAUGAUUCCAGAUGUAAACAUUAUUUGGAGUGUUGAAUUCUCUCACUGUGCCCCAUGCCACCUUCCACCCCCAUCCUCUUGUUUUCAAGCAAAGCUCUCCAGGGUAGAAAAACCAAUUCAUAAUAAGCCAGCAGUAUUAUGAAGGAAGGAGAUCAAAAAGUCUAGCUUCCUGCUCUGUUUGGGUGAGAAAAACAGAUGGAGUCCCCUGGGCUGGGCCUGUCCCCAUGAAGUAAACUUCUUCUCUAGAGACCAGUUAAGAUGACUUUGAAGUGCUGGUUUAAUCCUGAUGGAAGCUGAGAAGGCAGGAGAGGAGCUUGGAGAAGGCACCAGCAUUGGCCGUUUUAAAGAUCCUGAAGUAAACAGAACAUGAGGUAUGGUGCCUAUCAAAUGGAAGACUUAGGAAAUAAGAGGGAAUUUGACCUAGGCUAGAGCUAGGAGGUAACAUGGCUUAACGAAAAGACCAGCUGAAUUCUGCUCCCUCUGUGGCCCUGGAGAAAGCACUUAAGCCUUCAGACCUCAGUUUCCUCACAUGAAAUGAAGGAGUUAGGGGGUUGGACUAGAUUUCUAAUAAAAUCUCUUCUAAUUCUAAGUCUUCUGAUCCUAUGACCUCUUAGGGAUUAUAUUUAAGCCUUAGUUCUGGAAUUCUCAGUGAGAAACCAAAAUCCCAUUUUUUUUUUUUCCUGACUUGAAAAUCUUUGCCUUAAAAAAAGCUCAUUGGCCAGCAGUGGGGCAGCCUGAGCAUUUCAGAAUGGAAACCUCUCACCAGCGUGAAUCUCUAGGCCUUGGUUCUUUUUUCAAAUCCCCAUAGGUCUCUAUUUAGAAGAGAAUAUGGUUUGCUAUGCAGAGAGAGCUAACUGUGGAGAUACUUAAGUCAGGAAAAGGGUUGUGGGAGUGGGUGGGAGGGGGGUGAGGAAGGACUUUUAAGCUGUCAUUUCAUGGGAUGAUUUAAAUCUCUCAAACCAAAACCUUUGAACUUUAUGUUCCUCAAGUAUUUCCUUCUGUUUAGACUCACUAUCUAAUUAAAUCGCUUAUGUGGCUUGCCAAAAGGAUUUGCUCCUACUUUUCUGCAUUAUCUUUUUCGGAUCUGUUAUAAAAAGACUCUGUGGUUGCUGUCUUUGGGGAAGAAUAAGAAUUUGUUUUUUAUGACUCAUAUCUUCUUUAGUUAACUAUCUGCCUUCUCCAUCAAUGCCCCUAAUGGAAGAAAAGGUGAUAUGCAUCACUCAUCACAGGGGUUGCAGAGAAGCCUUUAACCUACAUGUACAGAAAUCAAGUUAGCCCUCUACUGAUUUUUGAAUUUAAAACAUAGGACAUGGCUAUUUGUGAACACAUACUGCACCUCCAAAGCAUGGCCCUUCAAAGCUAUGAGGGUUAAGUUUGGGGACAAACUGACCCCUGGAAGCCAGGUCUAAAUAAGAGUAGGUGUUUGGGGUGGGUAUCAUGUAUGCUGCUCCUCUUGAGAAUGCUCUGGAGAAGGUGGUGAGGGAGUAAAUGGAAUGAGGUGGGCAAGGGGAAAAUGGGGAGUCGGUUAUGAUGGCAACACCACAGAAGAGCAACAGAGGUUUGUGUGGCUUAAUAAGGCAGCAAAGAAGUUAAUCCUGAACGACCUGUGAAGUUAAGCUGAUUUAGGGGCAUGAAAGGAAAGGAAUCUAUUUGUAGAAAACUUGAAAGAUAGAUCCUGAUAAUAUAAGGUACUGAAAAUGGAAAAGGGGUGAUAAUGAAGGACCCCUUGUGCAACAAUCAGGAUAAGUAAGAAGUUAAGAUGGAAAUAAAAGCAAGAUAAAUGCCUACUUUUCUUCCUGGCCCCUAGGAACUCUCACUUAAAAAAAUAGGGAAUAGCUGCUUCUGCUAUAAUGUAAAACAGAAAAGGAAUUUGGAGGAGGAUGACCAUGGAAGAAGAUUAUUUUUGAGUUUCUAAAAAUAAGAAUAGUGGCCAGAUUAUAAUACAGUGUGAUUGACAGAGUUCUCCUAGAUUGGGAGCCGGUGAGGCUGGGUUCCUUUCUCUGCUGUUAUGUGACCUUACCUAAGUGACCAUACCUCUGUGAACCUCAGUUUCUUCAUAUGUAAAACAAGGGUUGAAUUUGUUGAUUCUUCUGGUCCUUUCUGCUUCUAAAUCUGUGAUCUUUGGUUGCUCGAAUGCAAAGAAAGAAGUAAGGGCACUAUAGCCUUGUUGAUUUGGUCCUGAGGUGGGGCUGUGUCAGUUUUGUAGACUCGGGGAAGGAAGGGUACCCACUAGGACACAGACUGGGUGAGGGGUUGCCCAUUUCAGCUUUAAUCUCAAUUCCAGUUUCAACACCUGUAUUCUGAGAUGACCACAUUUUAUCAUUCAAAGUACAGUAGAGCAUGUAUAUCUGGCAGCCUGAUUUCGAAAAUGGGCAAAUACUUUAGUUUAAAAAAUAUCGGGGGAGGGUUCUGAAAGGGAGUGGGGGUGGGGUGGAGGAAGAAAUUAGGCAAGGUUGAUCCUGAUAGUUUAUCUUCAACUUUAACUUCCACUAGUAGAGAUGGGAAUACUACUGCUAAGUACUUUUUUCGUUCAUCUUAGAGGAAUUAUAGGAAAUGGGUUUUCUUUAUGGCCCCAUGCUUUGCUCUGGGGAGGUGGAAGAGGGGGAGUGGAAGAUGAUCCUGAGUUUGUCAAGUUUGUGGGUGUAUGUAUCUGGUCCACUCAGCGAAACUCUUUCCACUUGGGGAAAUGGAUGGGUUUUAUUGGUCUCAGUUGUAGUAGACUUAAAAGUCAGUAUCAUUUGGGUUGACAGAAGCAUCUUUUUGUGGCUGGAGGCUGCAAAGCAUUUUGCUUGCUUGUGCUAUCAGACCUUCUCAGGGGGCAGCCACCAAUUUUCAUGGCUGGGUUUGGAUAUUUGUGCUUAUUAAGGAAGCUAUCUUCCUAGCCAAGGAAGAGACAUUUUCUCGUUGCCCUCUACUUGUGUACUGUAAGGCAGAAGGGCCAGUGUACACCCUGUUCUCUCCAUGUUUCUCAUUUCUUUUUCUAGAGGUUCUUGGCUUUCUGCAUCUUUUGGGAUGGUUUGGAGCUAAGACAAGGGUGGCCCAUUCUGGACCUGGAGGCACACAAGCAAGCAUGGGGUGAUGUUCUUCCCUACAGAAGCCCUUGCUUUUUUUUUUUUUUUUUUUAAACACCCAUACUACUGGCCCAUGUUUGCCAUAGGUCCCCAGCUUCUGCUUCAGGGCUGCUUGAUUUAAUCAGCCAUUACUAGUGCUGUGUUUACGGAAAUGGCUGUCCCCGCUGGCCAUUUGUAUGAAAGAUUUUAUUGCAGGAUGGCUAUGAUUACACAUGCUACUACUUGGUUGUACAUGAACCUCAGCUAGCCUGGCAGUAUUAACUGUAGCAGGGGACAGGCAGUGGGGUCAAGCUAGCAGCUAUAGGUCACUCUGCUCCCUGCCCUGGGCCCCCUUGGAUGUUAGCCAUUAGUUUGCACCUCCCUUGACACCCAACUCUAUGCCAAAUCACUCCUAAGAACAGAGUAGUGGAAAGGUUUAGAUCCCCUCAUCCUUACAGAAAUUAUGUAACUGAGUAAAACACUUCUUAGGACAAAAUAGAGUUAACUUUUUGGAAUGGCCUUUCUUAAACCUAAUAUUCAUUAGCAAAAAAGCUCUCAGAAGGGGGAAAGACUUGUCUCCCAGAUGAUUCUGUGCCCAUAAAUCGUUUCUUCACUCAAGCAGUUAAUAGCCCAUUAGCAAGCAACUAGUCCUUGUUCUGGAGGGCAGAUUAUCCUGGCAGCUCAUUAACUGGGUAAACUGGGCUUUGGCCAAAUG